AUAACCAGCGCAUACUGUUCGAGGAGAGGAUACAGACGCAAUUUUCUCUCAAAAAAGGAAGAAUUAUUUUGCAAAUUAUUAAUAACAAUGACGCGACAUGCGAGGAAUUGCACUGCAGGUGCAGUAUACACAUAUCACGAGAAAAAAAAGGAUGCCGCAGCGUCAGGUUAUGGCACCAACACUCAACGUGUGGGCAAGGAUUCUGUCAAAGAUUUCGAUUGCUGCUGCUUGACUCUACAACCUUGUAGGAAUCCAGUGAUAACAAAGGAGGGCUACCUGUUUGACAAAGAGUCGAUACUGGAAUAUAUUUUGACGAAAAAGAGGGAAUAUGCCAGAAAAUUAAAGGAGUAUGAAAAGCAGAAGCAAAAAGAGAGGUGAACAGAGUUGUACAUUUAUUGAAAAGUUGAAUUAUCGCAAGAAGAAACUGCUAAUGAAGAGCUGAAGAAACUGCAGAAUUUUCUAAAGAGUGAAAAAACUAUUGUGUCAAAUAGUUCUAGCACAUCGAAUGGAGCUUCUGUGUCUAAUAUGAAAAAUGGCAAAGACAAAGUGUUACCGAGUUUUUGGAUACCUUCUAAAACACCAGAAGCAAAGGAAACUUCCUUGCAGAAGCCUGACAAGACUAUCUAUUGCCCUAUCAGUGGAAAGCCAUUAAAAAUGAAAGAUCUGAUUCCUGUAAAAUUCACACAAGUUCAGGAUCCAGAUGACAAAAGAUCGCUUAUUGUCAAACAAGCACGAUACAUGUGUCCCAUAACACAUGAUAUCCUGGGCAACAAUGUGCCUUGUGCUGCGAUAAGGACAACUGGUGAUGUGGUUACUAUGGAAUGUGUGGAAAAAUUAAUAAAAAAGGACUGGAUCAAUCCUUUGGACAAUUCCAAACUGACAUCGUCUGAUAUUAUUCAGUUGCAAAGAGGUGGCACUGGUUAUGCAUCUGUUAAUGAUUCGUUAGAGGGUAAGCAUGAAAGACCAGUGCUGCAGGCAUAAGGGGCAAUUUAUAUAGUUUUGUGGCGUAUAGGCUUUUAAUGUAAACAAUGUACAUAAUUUAUUGCAGAUAAAAAUCUGCAAUUAAGCAUUGAUUAGUAUUUAUGUAUUUUAUUUAAUAUAUUUUUUAACAAAAAAAAUGUAGCAUAUUCGUACAUAAUAUGCUAUAUUAUUAUCGUUUAGUUCACAGUUAAUAAAAAUUAGAGAAUAUGAUUGUAAAAUACAUAAAUAUGUAUCUAUAUAAAUAUAUAAUGCUAUCAUUAUUAUGCGCGAUUCUACGAGAUAAUUAUUUUAAUUUAAUA